CAAGACCACCAAAAACAACGGUUCACCAAGCAAAAUAGACACAUAUAUGUACAUAUACAACAAAAGAAACAUGACUACAAUAGUCGAUUUUAUACAAAUAAGUUUCAACGUUGUGACACAUGAAAACCGCACCAGACAGAUUACAAUGACAACGCAACGAUGCGAUGUACUCUUGUCAUACGUUGAAACCCGACCAAUCAGCGAUGAAGACGGCCAAUCGAAGGGGUAUAAAUAUAGGUACAUUUUCAGUAGGAGUGCGAGAUCAGUUGUUGCCCAGUGUUCAUCCCGUGCAGACGUUAGCUACAACAUUAGAUUGGCGCAUAUCGACGUACACUAUGGGCGGCCGCAGAGGCAAAAGGAAUCGGACUCCUCCGGUUACCGAACCGAAGAAACUCCGAAACGGGACCUAUUCUCCGCCACCGCUACUGGUUGCCACAUCACAGCGGCAGCGUGCUGAACCGCCAUCGCCCGAUCAAUCGGACUCCGAAUCGCUGUCAGGCGAAUCUUACGCCUCAUCGGUAAAUUCUCGACCAACCAGCGAUAUUUCGGAAACUGACAGGCAAAUGGCCAGUGUGUCCGCACCUUCUUCCACACUCUCAUCGGAAAGUUUAAAGAAAGUUGGAUUUUCAGACGAUUUUGGAUUUAUAAACUACUGUUUUGCAAAGCAAUUUGUCGAUAUACUGGUGGCAUUCUUCGAGCUCAGUACGAGUUAUUCGAAUGCUCACGAUUAUUUAUAUGAGCCACGACUGUUUUGUUAUAAGGAAAUUAAUAAGAAAAGCUUUUUGACUUGUGUGUUUUGCAAUUUGCCCCCUGCAGAAUUAGAAAGUCCAGGUAAGUGCACUAAUUCUACAUAUAUUUAAUAUUAUAGAGCCAUAUAGGUAUGUACAUAAUAUUAUAAACGGACGUCUGACACCAUCACAUUACAAAAAAAUAAAUAAGGUUAAUAAACGUUUAAAAUAUUUUAUUGUUGAAUGAAAAACUGUGUACCUACGUCCUUACUCGUGAUACAUUUG